AUGACUUCACACUCAGAGUGGGGGGAGAAGGCUUCCGGGUUGGAGGUCGCCGAGGUCUAUGCGCAGAGAAUUGGAGGCAGAAAUGUUCUGAUUACUGGUGUUGCACCUGAGGGCGUUGGCGAGGGGACGGCCAUUUCGUUUGCCUCCCAGGGACCAAAAGUCCUGAUUCUUGCUUCAAGAACGAAAGAAAAACUCGAGGCCGUGGCGAAUUCGAUUCGCCAAUUAUACCCAGGGGUCGAUGUACGGACUAUCGCGAUAGAUUUGGCCUCCCAGGCGUCCAUUCGUAAAGCAGCUACGGAGGUCUUCGGGAUGAUCACGAAGCUGGAUAUCCUGAUCAACAACGCUGGGGCGACCUACAACUCGCGUCGAUGGACAGCUGAAGGGAUUGAGAUGCAAUUUGGUGCGAAUCAUAUUGGUCCGUUCCUGUUUACGAAGUUGCUGUUCCCUCUUUUAGAAGCAGCGGCUAAGGAAUCUCCCGCUGGAGCAACUCGCGUGAUUAAUCUUUCUAGCCACGGUCACCGACUAUCCACGAUACGCUUCCACGACUAUAAUAUCGAGAAUAAAGAAGUACCUCUGGAGGAGAAACCCUUCUCCCCAUUACCUCUCGCAUUCGCAAGGGUCCAAGAUGAUGGCUAUAUGCCUACCAUUGCAUAUGCGCAGAGCAAGACGGCCAACAUUUUGUUUACGCUUUAUCUCCAAAGCCAUCUACAGAAGAAGGGAAUCACAUCAUAUGCUGUACACCCAGGAGGCGUGAGUAGUAACCUUGGUAGAGAGCACGAUGAGGAGAUGGCCAAUGCCAUCGCGGAAACGUCUAAAUUUUGGAAGAAUGUCGACCAAGGUGCAUCGACGACUCUUGUGGCGGCAUUAGAUCCAGCACUAGACGUCCCCACUGACAUAUACUUGGCCGACUGCCAAUUCUUUCCCAGCGCAGACUACACCAAAAACCCGGCAAUAGCUGAGCGUCUGUGGCUUUUAAGUGAAGAUCUGGUCGGGGAGAAGUUUAAUCUCGAGUGA